AUGUAUAUCCGGUUUAGGUCGCGAAAAUGGCAGUGUUCAACGAGUUAUCUGCAUUAAAACAUUUAUUUAGGAAUUUAUGUUGGAAUGUUCGAAGCGUUUCGACUCUCACAAAAGGACAAAGCUUCUUCGGUCUCAUUGCAUCUAAUGUUGAGAGACAAACGGUCGCGCCUUCCCUACAAGACAUUUCCUAUUUUAAGUCCUCUAUGAAACCCAGCUUAACAGCAGGAGCAGUGUUCACUUUAUCUCAGCAAAGAUUCUAUUAUAGAGGAGGAGUGGUACCUAAGAGGGACAAGCUUACUUUCCGUUAUUCAGGUGAUCUGGUGACACAGCCUAGCCUGAAUCCUGAAGAGACACACACCCACUUCAAAGGCCUGGCUGAACUGGAGAGUGCUCCUGAAGUCGUGAAAAGAUUGUGCAGUCUGAAUUUUGCUUCUGGGGAAGACAAAAAGAUCCACCGUAAGGAAUUAAUGAGAGAGAGGAUUCUAAAAUUGUUUGGACCAGAAGCUCAUCGAGAGAUGCUAGUGGCAAUGUUGACAGUGGAUAUUCGCAACAUGAUCCCACAUGUUAUAGAAUUAAGAAAGGACAAGCAUGCAAAAUCUCAGCUGAUAGAGAAAAUCCAAGGACGUAAAAAACUCCUGAAGUUUUUGCGGAAGGAAGACUACCAACGCUUCAUGUGGCUGCUGAAGGAGCUACAGAUUCGCUAUGUGUUGCCACCAGAUUACUACGGGCAAAUUACUAAAAAAUUCAAGCACAAAGAGAGGGUGUGGAAGAAAGCCAAUGAUCUCCGGUUAAAGAAGAUUGCAGAGUAUCGGCAAAAAUUGGAGAAUGAAUGGGAAGAGUUUAAGAAUUACAAGGAGGAGGCUCUGAAGCAAAUAGAGCAAGACAUUGCUCGCUUCCAGCUGGACAGAGAAAUGUUUGAGAAAGGCCUUCAGCGGAAACGGGAAGGCAAGAUAUACCCACGCAUCUACACCUGGGAAGAACGGCAAGAGUUGGCGAAAGAAGGGAAAGUGUUCUAGAAGCAAAUGCUGCAAAGCAGCAACAAUUGUUUAGUCUACUCUUUGGGAUCAGACACUUGUGUGCAAGUAGAUGUCCUCUAUUGGGUUACGUAUCUUUAUAUGUACAGGCAGAUCACAGAGGUAAAAGUGACUUUUUCAUCCUUUGUGAUGUUGCUCUUCAUACUGUUUUGACAGUUGUUUCUGGGAUAUGUUGUUUUUUGUUGUUUGUUUUGGCUGUACCUGAAUGUUUUGUAAGUUGCAUAAAAGAGCUAAAUAUCUGCACA